GGCAUGGAGCACAUGCCCGAAGUUCACGAUAAUGGAUUCGUUAGCAAAAACGAGCCGGAGAACGAGAGUGCCGAGGAACAGUGUCCACAAUCGCCUGUGAUCUUGGAUCUGGACGAAAAUUCGAAACAGCAGCAACAACAACAACAACAACAACAACAACAACAACAACGGCUUCAACUCACCGAGUCAGAGUACCAUUCGCCAGUCAGUCUGUGUAACAGUUCGAUUUCGCAGUCACCAGAACUACCGGACGAGAGUUCCUUCAACCCCCGGAGACAGAGUUCGGGCAAGCAAUGGCACGGCAUCACAGUGACGACACAGUUCGACCAACAGCAACCCUUGGCCCAAGGCUCGCCGCAACCCACAAGCUCGAACGGAGUGGUGGUUAUCCGCGUUCCCAGCGAACUGGGUCCACCACAGGACCAUCGUAGCCAUCAUCAUCACCACCACCACCACCAAAGUUAUCAUCAGCAUCGGCCCAAUCGGCUAGAAGUGCUGCCAGAGCACUUGGAGAUCGGUAGAGCGAAGCCGAGUCCGACGCCACCACCUCCUGCACCGCCGCUCCACCGCGAGCCUUCCCAGACCGAGAAGGAUUACAAAAAAUCGGCCUGCGAUCGAGAGCGCACCCGCAUGCGCGAUAUGAACCGAGCCUUCGAGCUUUUGCGCUCGAAGCUGCCCACCUGCAAGCCCCCGGGCAAGAAGCUCUCAAAGAUCGAGUCCCUGCGUCACGCCAUCACGUACAUCCGCCACCUGCAGAGCCUCUUACAGCCACAGUACCACCACCCCUACCAGCCCGUCGCUCCCACGGACCAUCACCACCAGCAGCAACAGCAGCACCAGCAACAACUGGCAUCGAAUCCGGCACCGCUUCCACCAUCGUCGACGCUACCACCACCAACAUCGCCAUGUGCGGCUCCAACGGCAUCCGCGCCCACCUACUACGGCCCACGUCCAGCUCCCUACCCCACGGAUCACGUGCAGCGCGGCCCCUCCAGGUGGGACGCCUACGCGUACUACCGGUACGACUACCACGCACCAUUCGCUCUGCCGUCUCUGAGUCCGGGAACGCUGGCACCACCCCCGAGGCCGGCCCUGCUAGGCCGCGAACGGGAGCUCGCCGAGCAGCCCCAGCCCGGCUACAUGUACGAGCCCCGACCUUGA